AUUAACUUUGCCAAAGGCCGGCAUUUACUCGGGCCUCGCGAUCAUAAUUGCUCGUCUCAGCCUCUCUCGUUGGUCUUUGCGACGACCGCUGCGAAUUCUGCAGACGCGCCGCAUCAAUACGACCGCAGCAAACUCACUGCAUGCUGCAGCCUUGACAGCCUUGUACGCCAUUCGACGCGACACAUGUCAUCUCAGCAGCCACGCAUCCCCAAGAAGCAGCGUGCUGCCGCGCCGCGGAUGCCGGAGCAGCGGCCCGCAUCGCGCGAGCGGAUGCCGGACCACGUGCCUGUGCCGCCGGCACCCCCUGAUUUGAUCUACAGCCGCCGGCGCGGCGGCCGCGCGCAUCAACAACAACAACAAACUCCAGGCGACGCAAAGCGGAAGCGCAACGCGCGCAAGCGCCUGCCGCGGACGCACCGCACGCUCGCCGUGCUCCUCCAGGCCGUGCGCGACGAGCAGUUGACUUUUGAGAUGAAGGACGGGACUUCAGUAGCGGGCGCUUUAUAUGAAGUUGAUGCGAACCUGAACGCGACGCUGCGGGGCGCGACGCAGACGCUGCGGAACGGCACGCAGCGGCGGUACGAAUCAGCUUACGUGAACGGGUCCGGCGUGCUGUACGUGCUCUUCCCGGCGCGCUGCGAUCCCGUGCGGUCUUUAGACAGGUACCUCGACGCGCAGGAGCGCGUCGCGCGGACGCAGACGCGCUCGAAGCGAGCGGCGCCGGCCGCGCGCGCGCCGACGCCGGAAGCGAUAUCGAUAGAGGCGCCGGCCCGCCAGCGCGACCUGGCCGACGGGCCGCGAAUCUAA